AUGUGGAAUGAAGCUAUGCUGAGAAGUAUCACAGAAGAUCUGGGGACGAUGGAAAAAUGGGAAAUAACGAAGGCUCACGCCAAAAUGAGAGUUCAUGUCAAUGGACUCUUACCUCUACUCAAAACUUAUACCUUGGAGUUUGCUAAUGGAGAUGAAGUGGUAGCCACUCUCGUAUAUGAAAAACUGGAGAAGCACUGUAGCCAUUGCUCGAUGCUGGAUCAUGAGAAAGAGGAAUGCCCAGAACUGACAAAGGGAGAGGAAGAAACCGGAAAGCUUCCUCCUUUACCACAAAGAAGAGGAACUGGAACAUCUAUCUGUAACAUUAGCUCAGGUGUGAAGCGUAAGAGAGAUGAGAUAGUAUACCCACUGAAAGAAGAAAGACGCCUGAUACCUGGAAUCAAAGGGACCGUAGUGAAAGAUCGCAGCAAAAGCAGGUACUCUUGUAACCAUACGGGGUCUAGAGGAAGCUACCUCGGGAACCGACCAAGCCAUCAUGGACAGGAGCAGAGAUGGGUUGAAACAGGACGACGAAUCUCCAAUUCCGUGCUAGCAGACUCUGCAAUCAGAGACAUAGGGGUUGAAAAGAGCCCAGAGCCGUAUAGAGGAAAUCAAAGAUCGGAGAAUAGGAGCCUUCAGCGGGAACAAGGCAGAAGAUCCCCAGUUGAAUCGUCACACUCUAGGAGAUCAAACCGGAGUGAGGAACUGAGAACACCAAGAGCUGUUUUACCUACCGAAGCUUUGAGGGAAGCAAGAGGAGAAGUACGCGAAGUCAUGGCUCAAUACGCAAACUGUGCGGAUCCAAAUGAAAGUGCAGCAAGGAAAGAGAGAUUGAGAAUAGCGGAAGAGCGAGGUGAAGUGGACCAAACAGCAGAACAGAUGGUGAGACACUCCAUCCGAGCUCAAACCCAAAUCCAAGAGGAGGAAAUGCUGGAACCCCUUAUGCACGAGCGAGUACAUGCAACUCUGCGACUUGGUCCAGUUCUGACAGAGAUCCCGAUAACGGAGGAACCACCAAGAAUACCGGCAAAGAAGCACGCCCCAAGAGCCGCCUCGCUGCAACAUAGUCCCUGCAACCUUGAAGAAGAAGAUGGAUUUUCAGAAUCCGUCCCAUCUUCCACCUUAAAAAUUCUGAGCUGGAACUGCCGUGGUUUGGGGAAUCCCGGGGCAGUUCGUAGUCUGCAGGAAAUAAAAAAGAAGCAUGAUUUUCCUGAGAUAAUAUUCCUCAUGGAGACGAAAAAUGGAAAUUCAUUCGUUCUCAAAGAGCUGAAACAGUUAAACUAUGAUUACCUUGAAAUGGUGCCACCAUACGCAAGAGGAGGAGGCUUAGCACUGCUCUGGAAAAAAGAAGUUGAAGUAAAUAUCCUCCACAAAUGCGAUAACUUUAUCGACUCUGAAGUGAGAUUUAAGGGAGAGAAAUUUUAUGCUACCUUUGUCUAUGGCGACCCAAAAAGAGACGGAAGAGCAGAAAUAUGGAGAGCAAUAAGGGAGAGAGCUGAAAACCGUGAAGCGCCAUGGUUCCUCACAGGAGACUUCAAUGAAAUUCUCGACAACUCAGAGAAGCAGGGUGGUCCAGCUAGAACGGAAGGCUCCUUUGUAGAGUUUCGAUCCUUUAUGUCAGAAUGUGAUCUCUUUGACUUAAGAUUCUCGGGUAACUUCCUGUCGUGGAGAGGCAAAAGACGAAAUCAUUUAGUGCGUUGUAGACUGGAUAGAGCAAUGGCAAAUAGCUACUGGAUUGAAGCUUACCCGUCUGGUCGAAGUGAAUAUUUGAAGUUUGAGGGAUCUGAUCACAGACCCUUAAUCACUACCUUUCAAGCUGUGAAAAAAAGGAAAAAAGGGCUGUUCCGUUAUGAUAGAAGUCUGAGAAACAAUGAAGAGGUUAAAGCGUUAAUUGAAGAGUGUUGGAACACAAACCCUCGAGCAGAUGUGGAAAUGAGAAUCUCCAACUGUAGAAAAGCUAUCAUCCAAUGGCACAGGAACCAUCAUCGGAAUAGCCAACAACAGAUAGAGGAAAAACGAAGAGAGUUAGAGGAAGCCAUGACAAGCAAUGAGUCCAAUGACAUUAUAAUCCGUCAGAUUAAUAAAAAACUAAAAGGAGCUUACGAGGCUGAAGAGGAAUACUGGAGGCAACGCAGUAAGCAAAUGUGGCUCAGUCUAGGCGACAAAAAUAGUGGUUAUUUCCAUGCUGCAACCAGAGGAAGAAGAGCACGCAAUAACAUCUCAGUGAUUGAAGAUGAUGAGGGAAAGACAGUCUAUGAGGAAGCAAAAAUAGCAGAGGUCAUCACAAAGUACUUUGAGAAAAUGUUUACCUCUCAGGCGGGAUCCAGAGCAGAGACAGUGAACCAGGGGAUUACACCAAGCAUCUCGGAGGAAACUAAUAGACGGCUAAUUCAAAUACCAAGCCCACAAGAGGUUAAUGCGGCAAUCUUCUUGAUCCAUCCAGAUAAGGCCCCGGGACCGGAUGGCUUCUCAGCGAGUUUCUUCCACUCUAAUUGGGGAACAAUUGGCGAACGUAUCACCCUCGAGAUCCAGGAGGCUUUCAGAUCUGGUGUUUUCCCUCAAAACAUAAACGCCACGCACAUAUGCCUAAUUCCAAAGAAAACAAAUCCCAAGUCAGUGGCAGACUAUAGGCCAAUAGCAUUGUGCAAUGUUUAUUACAAGAUUUUCUCGAAUAUCAUUACCGCAAGACUACAACCGAUCCUUGAUGGCUUAAUAUCUGAGAAUCAGUCAGCGUUUGUACCCGGAAGAGCAAUUGCGGACAAUGUGAUGAUCACUCAUGAGAUCCUCCACUUCCUGAAAAUUUCAAAAGCGAACAAAAGAGGAUCAAUGACCAUUAAAACAGACAUGACAAAAGCUUAUGAUCGUGUGGAGUGGGAUUUCAUUAGACUGGUGUUGGAAAAGAUGGGUUUUCACUCCAUUUUAAUUGGAUGGAUCAUGCAAUGUGUGACUUCGGUUACCUUUAAAUUCCUGCUCAAUGGAACCGCGAUAGGCAACGUCAAACCUACAAGAGGUAUCCGCCAAGGAGAUCCACUCUCACCAUACCUCUUCAUCCUGUGUAGCGAAGUCUUAUCUGGCCUGUGCAACAAAGCUCAAGAAACCGGUCAAUUAUCAGGCAUAAGAGUUGCCAAUGGAAGCCCAAAAGUAAAUCACUUACUUUUCGCUGAUGAUACAAUGUUUUUCUGCAAAUCCAAUGAGAAAACUUGUAAAGCCUUGAAAGAGAUCCUGCGCAAAUACGAAGAGGCAUCAGGACAAAUGAUAAGUUGUCAAAAGUCGGCUAUUACCUUUUCCAGCAAGACAUCGAAUGAGAUCAAAAGGAAAGCAAUGAGAAUUUUAGGAAUUCAACAAGAAGGAGGCAAAGGAAAGUACCUAGGACUUCCUGAAGCUUUUGGAAGGAAAAAGAAAGAUCUCUUAAACUCAGUUGUGGACAGGAUCAGACAACGCGCCAUAUCUUGGUCAUCCAAACUACUCUCGAGUGCAGGGAAACUAGUGAUGCUCAAAUCAGUGCUAUCAUCUAUGCCCACAUACUCGAUGUCCUGUUUCAAAAUCCCAGUAAGUCUCAGUAAAAGGAUCCAAUCAGUUCUAACUAGAUUCUGGUGGGAUGCAAACCCUGAGAAAAAAAAGAUGUGUUGGGUGGCGUGGAAUAAACUUACUCGGGGAAAGAGAGAUGGCGGAUUGGGUAUCCGGGACAUCCAAGACUUCAAUGACGCCCUCCUCAGUAAACUAAGCUGGCGAAUACUCAAAAACCUGGAAUGCCUUCUAGCCCGUAUCCUGAAAGGCAAAUACUUCCCUAAUCAGCCCUUCCUAGACUGCGCUAUGACUGAAGGAGGAUCACAUGGAUGGAGGGGAAUAAUGAUUGGGCAAAGGCUUCUAAAAGAAAAACUGGGGAAGGUGAUUGGAAACGGAGAAACCACAAGUGUAUGUGGAGAUCCAUGGCUUUCUACAAAAGAGCCUAUAAUACCUGUGGGACCAGCUCCACGGGAGUUUAAAGACCUCAAAGUAAAAGAUCUGUUCCUACCAAAUUCUAGGGUUUGGAAUGUGAACUUGAUAAGAAGAGUACUACCGGCGUAUGAGAAGGAGAUCCUAGGAAUCAUACCUGGAAUUUAUGUGACGGAAGAUAGACUGGCGUGGCUCCCUCAGACUAAUGGUGAAUAUUCCGUUAAGACAGGAUAUCACACGGCUAGAGAACGAAACCCGGAGGAAGCGGCUUUCAAUCCUGCAAAUGGAAACUUCAAUUGGGUAACGGAUAUUUGGAAAGGUCUCUAUGCUCCAAAACUAAAAUUGUUUAUCUGGAAAUCAGUUAAAGGAGCAUUACCAGUUGUAGAAAACUUAGCAGCAAGAGGAAUGAUUGUGCAAUCGAAAUGUAUCCAUUGUGGAGAACCAGAGACAACGCUCCACUUGUUGUUUCAUUGUAGAUUUGCUCAAGUGGUGUGGAACGAAGCCCCUUUUCGUGAACCCUUUUCCCCAAGAGCAAUCACGAGUGUAAAGGAGGGAAUCUCAAAGCUGAAGACAAUUGUUUGCCUACCACCAUUAGGAAUCAAAGGGGAAUCCUUAGCUCCGUGGAUCCUCUGGAGUAUCUGGCUGAGCAGGAACAACAAGCUCUUCAACGCCAGCAAUCUAAGUGCCUAUGGAACACUGAAUCUCGCAAUAAUCCGAGCAAGGGAGUGGAUCCAAGCACAAAACGAGACGGCGUUACCCCACCCUCUACCAAAGAGAGAUACAAGAGUAAAUCUCCCGGGACACUAUGUCCGAUGUCAGACGGAUGGAGCUUGGAACGGAGAGCAUAGAUCCGGAGGAACGGCCUGGAUCUUCCACAAGAGUACCUCGGAGACACUAAACCAGGGAUUCAAAGCGUUUGCGAACAUAGCUUCACCGCUAAUUGCAGAGGGACUGGCAAUCCGUCAGGCUCUGCGACAGGCUCUCGACCUCGGCUUCAACAAUCUGCAUGUGGCUUCAGAUUCCCAACAGCUCAUCACCGCCAUCAACUCGAAGUCAUGCCUAUCGGAGAUCUUCGGAAUCUUGCAAGACAUCUCCUUUCUAUCUUCAUGUUUUAACUCUGUAAUUUUCGGCUCAAUCCCAAGAUCUGAAAACAUUGUAGCAGACGCUCUAGCGAAGCGAUCUCUCCAAAGUCUCCUCUUGGGAGAGUGA